UGUGAAUGAAUUGAUAACUAAGCUUUUACACUGUGGUGGAGCAAUAACUUGGAGUUAACUUUUUUCAAAAUCAAACAAUAUUAUUAUUAAGAUGAGUUAAUAUUUUUAAAUUAAAAAUAGUAUGACUUUAGGGAACCACCAUAUAAUAACUGUUUUUUCACAACUACUUGUGCUGUUAGUUAGUAUAGUUCUAUUUAUGGUACCAAUAUAUAUGUUAUGGAGCCAUAUAACAUAUGAACAAAACUACUUAAAUAAUUAUAAACCACAUGUAACAGCUUUAAUACUUGCUCGAGGUGGUAGUAAAGGAAUAUUGAAAAAGAACCUUGUGGAAAUACAAAAUGUUUCACUCUUACGAAGAACAUUAGAUACAGUUCACGACUUUGGAUUAUUUCAUGAUAUUUGGGUAUCAACUGACGACAAUGAUAUUGCAGCUGAAGCCGAAUUAGGAAAGGCUAAAGUUUUUUAUCGUAAUUCACAAACUGCUUCAGAUGAAGCGACCUCAUUAAGUGCAGUAAAAGAAUUCAGUAUGUAUCAUCCGAAAAUUAAUAUUUUUGCUAUUAUUCAGUGUACCUCACCUUUUUUAAGUACAAGUUACUUAGAAAAAGCCUACAAAAUGACUGUACAGCAAAAAUUUGAAUCUGUAUUCUCAGUCUCACGAAGUCAUAAAUUAAGGUGGACACUAGACUCAAAUGGACAUUUACAUGCUAUUAAUUUUGAUGUCACUAAAAGACCAAGAAGACAAGAUUGGGGAGGCGAAUAUGUAGAAAAUGGAAUGUUUUAUUUUGUACACAGAAAUCUUAUUGUUCAAAAUCGACUACAAGGUGGAAAGAUAGGUGUUGUUGUUAUACCCCCAGAAAGAAGUUUGGAAAUAGAUACAGAAUUUGAUCUUAAAAUAGCUCGUUAUUUAGCAUCAUUAAUUGAUAAACCUAAAAAUUCAACUAUAAAUUAAGUUAUUGUAUAUUUUAUAAAUAUAUACAUAACAAUUUGAUGAUCA